CAUAAAUUUACAUGGUGCCGUUCCUACGUCUGAUUUUGUCAUGGACCUCUGGCCAUUAUAUCGACACAGCCAGCCAACCCUUUCCUUAGUUGGACUCACGCUGUGCUGUGAAGUUGGCAAAAAAUAUACAAAGUUCACGCUGCCUUGUUGGUUGCAUAACCGACGAGGAUGCAAAUCACCCGUAAAGAUAUUUGUGUGUCUGUGAUAUUUUUUGAUUGAAAGUGUGUCAGAAUGGCAAAGUGCACUCGAAAGUUGACAUUUAAAGGCUCUUAUGCAACUACUACGACAUGCCAGAAGAAGAUGGCCAGGAAAAUUCAGCAAGACGGGGACGUUGUUUCACCAAAUUGUGGAGCUACUUCCAAACUCGGGCUCAAAAUAUGACAGAGAACUUGAUUUCUGGGGAUCCAAAUCAAGUCCGCUUUUUUCUGUAUCCCGACCCUUACAAUCGAGAUUACUUUGAAGAAAUCGUGUACAACAAUGUCGAGUCUUUAGCAAAAGCGAGAUACAGGUUUGGAUCUACAUGGAAAAUCUUGAUUCACGGAUACACCAUGUCUCAGUUUGGGACUUUUCCUCAAAAUGUGAAAAACGCUUAUUUAUCCGAGUAUCGCAGAAGAUUGGAACGGGAUAGGAAUGCAGAAGGCUACAAUGUGUUGAUCGUGGACUGGGCACCAUUGGCUGAUCCCAAACUUUCAGGAAAUGCUAAUUUUCUCCUCAUGUACACCUUCGCAGUACGAAAUGUCCAAGUCGUUGGUCAACGCGUGGGCGAGAUGGUACAUUUUCUUCGACAAAAUGGAGGACUAGAAAGUUACAAAAAAGUCCACAUUGUCGGUUUCUCUCUGGGAGCACACGUCUCUGGAAAUGCAGGAACAACCAUAUUCAACUUGUCGGGAGAAAAAAUUCCAAGAAUCACAGGACUCGACCCUGCUGGUCCCAACUUUUACUUUGAGAUCAAGGCCAUAUCAUCUCCAAAAUUGCGAAAAGACUGUGCCAAGUUUGUUGAUGUGUAUCACUCCAACCAAGGAGAAUUCGGGACAUUGUCAACGUUAGGAAAUGUUGACUUCUACCCCAAUGGUGGUGGCCCAUUUCAGCCCUACUGUUACAAUGAAUUCGUCAAGGCUGGAGAAAAUAGGACGAUGGGAGAAAUGGGAUCCUGUAGCCACAACCGAGCCCCGUUCUAUUUUGCCAAGUCCAUCUCUACUGCUCAACCACAAAUGUAUGCCUGUUCCUGCGACGACUACAAACACUUCAAGAACGGAUGCGACUGUGAGGACAAAGCUGCAUUUGGAGAGUAUUGUGACUCCAAAACAAAGGGGAUGUACUACCUUGACGUCGAUGACGAAGUAAAUUAUUGAAUUCUGCAAAACUAAUGAUCACACAACUUUCAUUUAAUUUCCAGAAAAUAUGUUCCCAAUAAAAUAAAA